AUGGCCGACAGUGGCGGCUUCAGGGAGGCGCUGCGACGCUUCACUCGCAAUCCCCUAAUCGUGCUCUUUCUACUGGGCAACGCCACCCGCUACUCCGGCAUCAUCGGCUUCUACAUGUUCUACGUCAAGUACCUGGAGACGGCGUUUCGCAUCUCAGUCGCCGACACCACCCGGUACCUCGGCUCGGCCAGCCUGGUGCCGAUGGCGGUGGGCAUCCUCGCCGGCGGACUGGCCAUUGCCUACUUCAAGCCCAAAGCUAGAGCCCUCUUCGUCUUUCUCUUUCUCGCCGAGCUGACCUCCGUGCUCACCAUCGGCAGCGGCCUUUUCCUCGCCUGCCCACCGGUUAAGCUUCAAGGGGAGAUUGAGGAGCAGGGAAGUGAUGGACUCUUGUCCCUCAACAGCAGUUGCAACGCAGGCUGCCACUGCUCAACUGCCGUCUUUAGUCCCCUUUGUGAUUUAGACUCCCAAAAGACGUACUUUUCACCCUGUCAUGCCGGCUGUUCAGCCUUCAAUGCCGAAAACUCCGCUUACAGUGAUUGCAGCUGUGUUGAAGGUAGUGGUAGUACUAGACUACUAGCUAAUGUCACGCCUACGCCCACCAUUGUGCAGGGCUACUGCCCGGAGGAUGUUAGUCAGUGUCUGCCGCCGCUGAUCAAGUUCAUUCUGAUCAUGGUCGUGGGCAAUACCGUCUCGCAGAUGUCCACCACGGGCAACUUUCUGAUCAACUACCGAGCGGUGGAGCCAAUGGACAAGUCCUUUGUCAGCGGCCUCAUUGGCACCUUCAUUUCUAUUAUUU